GUACAUAUCUAGCACAUCGCAUACAUAUAUUUCCAUGUGUAGCGCGUGGUGUAAUGUAUAGUAUGAAUCUAUGUACAUACAUUGUACAUGCAUUUAUAUAUGUACAUACAAGAAGCAGGACAGGACGUUACAGGAAAACAUAACCUUGAAAUUGUCAUCUUUACCUGUGAAAUAUGUAAGACAUUUUUCUGUUUUGCAAUUGGAUAAAGGUAGUAAAAAUGGCAGGAAGUAUGAGACAAUUAGAAGAGCGACAACUUUCAGCUGAAGUAACAAAAAUGCAAUGGUCACCAAAAAUGGAUCUUCUAGCAAUUGCAAAUAUGAAAGGAGAAGUUACUCUUUAUAGACUGACUUGGCAAAGGGCAUGGCUAUUAAGUCCUCAUGAAGAAACCGAUACUAUAGUAAAUUUAGCAUGGAGACCAGAUGGAAAACUUUUGGCUGUUUCCUAUGAGAACUCUAAAGUUGUGUGUCUUGUAGACAUAGAAAAUAAAAAUAUUAUAAAUAAAACCAAAUUGAAUUUUCACAAUGAGAUCACAUGCAUGACAUGGUUACCUCUAACAAAUCUGAUAAAUGAUACUUUAUCAAGUGGAAGCAAAGCAAGUAUGCUACCAGCUGGAGAAUAUCUUCCACCCUUACCAAGUUUAAAUAGAAGCUUUGGUCAAGAACCUGAGCGCAAAGAAUUCUUAUUCCAACCCUUAGAUAUACUUUUUCUUGGUCUGGAUGAUGGAAAUGUUACAAUGUAUGUAUUUGGAAUGUUCUACUGUGGCACAAUUCUAAUAGGUCAUGGUCCGAUAUUGGAAAUCAGUGGUGGAUCUGAUAAGCCGAUGUGGAUUACAUGGAAAGACAGCAGUGGCAUUAAAGUCAACAGAUUAAAGUGUCCAUUGCUGGAACAGAACAUAGCAUUCUUAAAGGUAGCACAAGCUCAAGCUAACAUAGAAUAUCUGAUGGAUUACCUUUCGCGAACAUUAAUGGCCAUCUCUGAAGCAUGGGAGACAAUUCUCUUAGAAAUGGAUGAAAAACUAGCACGAUACGCUGAAACAAAUCCACCUGGCGGAGUUGCUGCAGAUUUCUUAGAACUUUUAAUGAUCGGCAUACCAACGCCAAAUCUGGAAAAUUUUCUACUGCGAGAUCUCACUGAAAAAGGCUUGAAAAAUCUAGGACAUAGCAUUGAAAUGUGCUAUAGUAAUAUACAGAAAUUAGUCUUAAAGAACUUAACAAGUGUUGGAAUGGCGUUGGUAUAUCAGUUGGCUGAAAUGAAAGGUAUGGUGAGACUAGGUGGGUCCUAUGAACUAUUGGGAUUAACAGAUGAAAAUGUGAUAACAAAUGCUCUGCACGCUUCAGAAGCUUUUCUAGCAAAAUCGUCAGAAAUACAACAAGUAAUAGAUCACAGUAUGAGGGACUAUAAAGCAUUCUUUAGAUGGUUGUACGUGGUAAUUUUAAGGCUAACGGACGAAAGAAUACCACCCGAAGUAAGUCGAGUUAGUCAACAAGAAUUGACAUUCAUAGCCGAAUUUUUGCGUGGCUUUGAUAAGACUGAGCCAGGUGUUGGAGGUAGAAAAGGUGUGAAUUUAGAAAAAUUAGGCCAAUAUCUACGACGCGAAAAUUUACAGACAUGUUUAACUCCUGAGGGAAGCGAAUGGGCAUCUAUGCUCGAUGAAAAUCAUUGCCUUCGUGACCAUCCGCUUAUCGUGAAGCAAGAUCUGAAUUUUUCAUUACUACAAUCUCAUGCAAAAUUAAUUACCGCUAUACAUAAUGUCUUCGGAGAGGCUUAUCAAGGUUUGGUGGAGCAUUUUACUGUCUCAAGUAUUUCAUUGGCUCCGUCUAUAGCAUUCACAUCUUCCCAAAUUGUAACAAACAAUGAUGGCUUGUUAGUGGCAACUUGUGACAUUGAUCACAAAAUAUUACGAUUGUUCAAAGUUGAGUCUUCAUCUACAGAGACUUCAUCUGUUUCGCUCAACUUUAGAAUGGGUACGAUAGACGUGGAUAAUAGAUCGGAGCCGCAAUCUAAAACCUAUAUAGACGGUAAUGUGGUGGAUCUGCAGUUCUAUACGCAGGAGUAUCUCAGUCUGUUAAUCCUUAACAAACAUAGUCAGGCGUCAUUUCUUGUGCAAUUACCACUCAACCAUCCUCGAAUUUUCAAUAACCAAGAUAAAAAUCCUGUUACCCUAUCUGAUCUCAUAAGCAAUAAUUGGCCGCGUCCGCUUCAAGGUAUUUCUGUUAGACGACUAGCUAUUAGCGGUGCUCGAAAGGUAGCUGCCGUUUUAAGUGAGAACAAUAGAAAAAUAAGAUUAUUAGAGACUGAGGUAGAACCGGAGGAAGAGGAAGAUGAAGAAGACGAAGAAGAUGCAGCUAACGACAGUAUGGUAAAUACUGCACGUGAAGCAGCAGUACUUCUCAAUGAACUGACGCAGAAGCAGUAGUGGUAUGUCUCCUACGUUCGAAUAAGAUCAAUUUAUUUUCUUAUACUUGUUAAAAUAAUAAUCUGAUAAAGUACAACAUUUGCGUAAACAAUUUAAUUAUUUAUGUGUAUAAUAUACAACAAUAUACAGUAACUUUAAUCUAGAA